GUGAGAAGUGUGGUGCGCUCACAUGAGACUGUUGUGUUAGAAAGACUGAAUACAGAGAGAGAGACAGAGUUGUGUGGUGUGGUUUGCCAGCCUUAAUUCUCCUCACCGAGGUUCUCCAUUGUAAAAGUACGCAGGGAGGAAGACAGAGAUGGAGCGGAUGGAGUCCAUGGAGCCGAUCUCGGCAUAUUACACAUCAGCUUACCCUGAGAUUCAGCCUGAUAGUGGCUAUGGAUCCAGAGAGAUCACAGAGAGCCAGGCAAAGACUCCACCAGCUCUGACAUAUGACGAGGAACUGGUGCACAAGACAAUCCUGGUUGGGGACAGUGGAGUGGGAAAAACAUCUCUGUUGGUGCAGUUCGAUCAGGGCAAGUUCAUCCCUGGCUCCUUCUCUGCCACAGUGGGCAUUGGAUUCACGAAUAAAGUGGUGACUGUGGAUGAUAUAAAGGUGAAACUACAGAUUUGGGACACAGCAGGACAGGAAAGGUUCAGAAGUGUGACACAUGCAUAUUACAGAGACGCACACGCUUUGCUCCUCCUGUAUGACAUCACCAGCAAAUCAUCCUUUGACAACAUUAGGGCAUGGUUAACCGAGAUCCAUGAGUAUGCACAGACUAAUGUAGUCAUCAUGUUGCUGGGCAACAAGGCUGAUUUGAGCAGUGAAAGAGCAAUCAGGAGAGAUGAAGGAGAAAGGCUGGCCAGAGAGUAUUCAGUCCCCUUCAUGGAGACUAGUGCCAAGACUGGAGUCAAUGUAGAGCUGGCCUUCACUGCUGUGGCCAAGGAGCUGAAGCACAGAGCUAUCCAGCACCCCAAUGAACCAAAGUUCCAGAUCCAUGAAUACAUUGAAGCACAGAAGGAGAGGCCAGGCUGCUGCAGCUACUUCUAAAUCUCACCUCCUCCCACCACUCUGGAUGAACAGACUAUCGGAGAUACACCGAGAGCUGCUGAGGGGGAGGAUAACCUAUUUAUUCACUGUUGAUGCUACUAUUCAUUAAAGACUAAGCCAAAUGUAGAAAACAAAACAACCAUCUAUCCAUCCAUUGCCAAAAGCAGUUUCCUCAGUUUUAUCAUUAUGAGCUACAUAAUAUUUAUAGUAGACAUUUUAGCAAAUACAUUAAAUUGUAUGAACACAGCCUUGUGCUAUUUGGUCUUUUUAUUAGGAUGAGAAGAUAAAUAUUGAGUUUUUGUGUUAAGUACAAGACUGGAGCCUAGAUUAGCAUACGGGCCAGUUAUGUUCAUGCAUUGCAAAAUGCAAGUUUGAUUCAAGUCUGAAAUCUCUCCCUGGACGACUAUGGUAUAUUACAUUAUAGAAGAGGAGCCUAACACAAGCCAGCACACCUGACAUUACACCAGACAUCAGUUCUGAAGUUACACUAACUUAAGGCUAAGCUACAGUAUCUUACAGCUACAGAUGUAGGCAUUCCAAGUGUCAUACUUUUUCACCGCAUUGUAUUUGCAGUGCCCUGUUGGUGACACUACGUCAAUAAUGCAGUGUUUUUAGCCCUGCAUGGGGCUCAUAAAAUCCAACCUGCAGUUCUCAUUUUGGCCACCAGAUUGCUAGUAUACAGUCCAACAGUAUAGGGCUCUGAAUUGUUAAACCAUACAACAUUAUAUGCUGUAUACAGUGGCAAGAAAAAGUAUGCUAACUUUUUAGAAAAACAUGGUUUUCUGCAUUAAUUUGUCAUAAAAUAUUAUCUUCAUAUAGUGAUCUUCAAGUACUGAUGAAUAUAAUGUGCCUAAUAUAACAACACAAAAAAAUU